UUUUUUUUUAAAUUCUCGUAUAUAUGAAUUAUUGUGCUAAAUUUAUCAAUGUGCUUUUUCUAUAUUUCAAUGUGAUUUUCUUAUUUCAUUUUUUUAUUUUUUAAUUGAUUAGUCAAUUUUUCUUAAAACCAAAAAAAAAAUCUUAAAUACCGCUCGUGUUUUUUAUAUACCUGGAACAUCUUGCUAUAAACACAAGAGAUAACCACAUGAAAACAAUUUAAUGUUUGUGUGAGAAGUGCUGAUGAAAAAUUCAAUGAUGUGGAGACACCAGAGACGCAAUGCUGGAAAAAUUGUUACAGUAUCACCACUUGGGGAUAUGAACAAAUACAAUGUUAGUAAUUGUCUGACCGCUAAAUUGCUCAAGAUUCAUCUCCGCAGGGAGAUUGGUGCUGAAAGAGAAAAAGCUUCACCAUGCAUUGAAAGUGGACAAGAGUGGAAUUUCAGUUCUAUCGGGAGCUCGAAGCGAUUGAGAUGAAAAUCUUCUCGGCGACAAAACUUUAAAAUUAUUUUUUAAAAAAAAGUGUCGGUAAAAUUGAGAAAAUUCUCACGCGGUCAGAAAUCAUUUUUUGCCAAGGGGUGAUUAAGUAAUUUUUUUAUUUCUAAAAUUGUGCCUGAAAUUCUUGUGACAAAAGCUCAUGCUCUUUUUGUGUAUCUUUCAUAAUUUUUUAAGUUCUGGAAUUGCCAUUUGAACACAAUAUCGCUAAAUUGCGUGACAUGGUUUAAUUUUUUUUGAUCUCAAAGAAUUUUCUUAAAAGUUUUAUUCUUAGGCCUAGAUUCUAAAAAUAUUUUCUGAGAACUUAUUAAUAAGAAAAAUUAAGGGACUAAAUUUUCUGAAUUCUCGUUCGAGUUUUGUGUACUAUACCUACUCUGCCAAAGAAUUUUAUGCAAAUUAUUUAAAUUUUUUAUACAAGUCUUUUUACUCCAGUUUCCUCUAAAAAUGAAAUUUAAUAAUAAUUUUAAGAACGUUUUUUGAAAAAGUUUUUAUUUCAUUCCAUCAGUAUACUCAUAGAACACUCUUAUAUGAAACACCACUUUUGCAGUGAUAUAUACGGAAUUUUUUCUAUGAGUGUACAACAGUUUAAAAAAAAUUAAAAGAUAAUUUUGAAUAUUUUUCUCAGUGUAGUCAUCAUGAAAAUAAAUUUUUAUUGAUCAACAAGUGCGUAAAACGAUUGAUGAUUCAUUUCAACUGAGAGCAAAAAUUUAUUUAAAUCAAAUACACGAAUCACAAAUUUUAUAAAUCAUAAAAACUUACUUGCCCACCCCCGAGGCAUUUUUUCAAGAAAGAGUGAAAAAACUUAAACAGGUGUAGUGGAGAAUAAUUGCAAUAUCUUUCACUUAAUCUACCUAUAAGAUAGAGACAAACAAUGUGGGUGUUGUGGCAAUCCUAUUGAAGCCAACUCUGUGAAGAAGAAUGAAGAGAACUCUCAAUAGUGCUUUAUUGUAAAAUUUGCGCCAAAUCUCACGCAUUUUCAAAUCUCUGUGUUCUCACAAUUAUGCACAAAAAAUGGAUUUCCCACAUGGAAGAGUUCUUGUGAAAGAACAACGGUGGUGAGAGGCUUUUCCUCCAUGUUCGCGGAGUCAAACGUAUUAUAAGACGAAGAGUGUCUGCAUGUGGGGAAGAUGAAUAAACUUCCGCGGAAUUGAUGAGUAAUUGUUCCAUCGGUGAGCAUGGGAAUGCACCAAGACAUUCAUCUCCCCACCUUAGGCUAAUUUCUUAUGGCAAAAUAUCGUCGAUGUUAUGAUGAAUAUGAAACGGUAUCCGAGUCAAGGUAAAGUGAAUUCCAGCUCCUCAGUUGUGUGUGAGCUGGAUGAGAGGAAACCGCCAAUUCCGCAGCAGCGCACCUCUCUAAGACGAUAUGCAAAUGAUUGGACUUCUUGUAAGCCAGCAUUGGAGGAAAUUUAUGAGAAUAUCCGCAACGACGGGGAGGAAUAUUGUGAGAUACGUGAAAUUGAUGUGAAUGGUGGUGAGAAUAUUUAUGAGAAUAUAUGUGACAAGUGUGGGCGAAUUUAUUCGGGAGAUCAGUGCACAUCAUGCAGCAAACCAACUCCCAGAUCUACAAAGAAAUUUGUUGAUUUCUUCGGGAGUCUCAAGAGGCGCCAGAAGGCUGCUACACAACCGCCGAGGAAGAAAAUUGAAAUUAUCCACAACGUCGAUGGGUUCGAUGGUGUCUUCAGCACCAAAGAAACGUUCGAUCUUGCAGAAAUCUGCCAACUGAAGGAAGAAAGUCGCCACACAUAUGGACGCAUUCAGACGCAAGAUCAUGCCACUUACUAUGAAAAUGUCUCGACAACUUCCUCGAGCUCGUGUGACGAAGUGAGGGAUUCGUCACUGGCCGCCUGGAUGAUAUCACUUCGGUGGGAAGUGGUUGAUUACGCCGAGAAUUGUGCGAUUAGUGUCAAGAGUGUACCGAGUAAAAUCUACGACCUCCAGCCAUAUCAGUUGCAUGUGGCCACCACAGCUAGCUGGAGGGAUUUUACUGAAGAAGACGAUUUCACAGACCACGUACUCAUUUUCAUUGAAACUAUUAGUGAAAAGUGCAAGAAACGCAGAAAAGUGAGAAAUAAAGUGAAAAAGAAGAAAGAAAAGUGUGAGGAAAAUUCACUACAACUUGCAAGCAUCGCCCCCACGCGAAUUUCCACCUUUAAUCCUUUCGACUUCCUCAAUAGGAUUUUCCUCUCAAUUGGCAUUAAUACCACACUAUUGGAUUUUAACAACGAACUCAUUGUAUUCUACCUACAAACCCCCACUUGGCGCCAAAAUCCCCAGAAAAGUGUAGUAAAUGAUCGAGAAAGUGGAUUAGUCAUGCAGAUUCUCGACAAAGAGGACAAUUUAACGUGCCGAGGGAAAUGUUUGAACACUGAUAUGUCGUCAAACAAGAGUAGUUUACCUCAGGCAGCAGUUAAUGACCACUCAGACACAAAUAAUCUCAACACACUCACUGGGAAGAAAUCUCAAGCAUCAGCGCAGGAUUACAACAUAAAAUGCACAGAACAGCUCAAGGAGUCCUCAGAUACAAUCUAUCAUCCAAUUUGGAAAUUUCACACAGUUGGGAUUGGGCAGGAAUCCAUAGCUGUGGACACUGUUGAGUGUUCAUACAAUUCGGAAGAUUUUGUGGAAGAAAUUGAUUCGGGAGAGUGGGAGAUUGCGGAAGAAUUUGAAUUUUCCUCAAGCAGAGAAUGUCUCACGGUGCAGGAAAUUGUUGAGCCACCCCCAGAUUCCGCGAACGCAUCCCCCUAUCGUACAAUUUGCAUCCUCUACGACAGAGAUCAACCUCAUCUCAAUCGCUUCAUUCACAACUACAGAAAACGUCAUCACAUCUUUGAGCACCCAAUUAGUACGUCAGACCAAAGAAACCAAGAACGGAGCCACAGAGUGCUGCCUGAAAGGCCAAUAGUUGAUCUCAGACAAAAUCCCCGAAACUUUUCCAUCCCAGACUCGGUGAUGGCAUGGAAAUUUAUGUUGCUAAAUGCAAACUACCCCGAAGACGAGGAAGAUGUGAUAAUAUCUCCAUCCACCUUUGAAGCAACCAACCAAAGUUUAGCUGACUCGAUGGAGUCAUUCAAAGCCAUGGGAAGCAGAGGCGUGGAUUUCCUCCGAGGCCGUUCUAAAGAAGAUUCAGAAGGCAUCACAGUUGUCCACUACAAAUGUGAUCUUGGAAAAUUCAGCAGUAGCGUGAGCAACCUCUCAACACUCUCCACCGACUACUCCCAAUCAUCUCCAUCAUCCUCAUCGACACACUCACCCCCGCCUGAGACGAAAAAGCUCACAAAAAUACUAAAUCCCCUGAUGCGAAAGACUCCCUCCCCCACGGUUACCAUCCGCGUGAGGAAAGAAGAAAAAUCACGAACGGUCUUUGGACCAGAUCUCAAUGAUGUGCGCCUCGAUCCCAACGAGGGUAUCCCGAGGUUUGUCGUCAAGUGCAUUGAGUGCAUUGAAUUGCCGGAGAAUAUCAAGACAAACGGCAUCUACCGAGCGUCGGGAAAUAAAGUCCUCAUUGAAGGGGUGAGGAAGAAGAUGAAUGAGAGGCAUCACAUCAGGAAAGAUCUCAUUUGGACAUUCCUUGAGAAGCAGGAUGUUCACACACUCACGGGCAGUCUUAAGCUCUUUUUUCGCAAUUUAACCACCCAACUCAUCCCUGAUGAUGUAUUCGAUCGUCUUCCUCAUCCUCUUGACGAAAACUCAGUUCAGUGGAUCAGGGCUGAGAUUGCAUCCCUUCCGGAAAUUCAACGGAAAACACUAAAAUUCCUCAUUCAACACCUCGUCCGGGUGACUCAGUAUUCGGAUGAGAACUUCAUGAAUUCCAGCAACCUCUCUAUCUGUUGGGGCGCCUGCAUUUUUGCCUCAUCACAAAAAGCUCUCGAGACAUUCGACACAAAUGACGUGAUUAGAAAGAAUUACUUGAUAAAGCUCCUCAUUGAGAAAUACAACAGUAUUUUUGACCAAAUAACAUAAAUGUGAAUAGUUUUGCUAUUUUUUUUAUUAUAAUUUUUUCAAUUCAUAAUUUUGUACAAUGCUAAAAUCUUUAAAAUAAAAAAAAAACUAAAACUUCUAAAUUAUUUUGUAAAUACAGAAAAUAAUUAUUGAUUUUUUACUAAAAAAAAAGUUGUUUUUCUUUGAGAGAAAGGUGUGUUGUUGAAUUUACAAAUCUUGAACUACAUUAAAGACUCUUUAAUUUA